UGACGUCAUCUAGGUCACCGCCAGCGGUCUGGGAAAGUGACAGGACGCGUCUAUCUUUGCCGCUUCGUAUAGCCGUUCCUUGUGUGGUUCCUGCUCAUGUGCUGCACCCGAGUGUCCGGGCUCGGUCUCUCCCGGCUCCUCGCUUCCUGUCCGGGGCUUUCAUUUCGGGCCGGGAGAACGGAGGUUCUGCGCCAACGCGUGACAACCGGGCAGCGUGUAGCGUUAGGACUGCAGUACCGGCUGCUCAACACUGGAGGGCGCGCCGAGCUCGUCAGUCAUCGCUCACAACUGAAGGGACUGCAGUACCGAACAUCCGUCGCUGGAGGCCGCCAAAGAGAACGUACUGAUUGGGACGGAUCUCCCCAGCAUGGAGCGCCCCUGCUCGCUGCUGCCGCCCUGCUGGCCUAUUGUUAUAGCAGAGGAGACACGACCAAAGGUGAGCAGUUACUAGAGGCGGCCCGGACCAGUAACUUCAGCGAUGUGGACAGACUACUGCGGGAGAAGGUGGACCCCAACUCUAGGCACAAGCUUGGCUGGACGGCGCUCAUGGUGGCUGCCAUCGGGAGGAAUCAGAGUAUCGUCAGGUCAUUGCUGCGCGCCGGAGCCGACCCGAACCUGGGCGACGACUUCUCCAGCGUCUACGAGGUGGCGAAGGAGAAAAACCUGCACUCGCUGGAAGUUCUAGUGACCCGGGAGGAUGAGUUCAGUAACCGGCUGAAUAACCGCGCCAGUUUCCGGGGCUGCACGGCUCUGCACUACGCCGUCCUGGUGGAUGACUAUGGGACGGUCCAAGCUUUACUGGAGGGGGGUGCGAACCCCAUGCAGAAGAAUGAGAUGGGGCACACCCCCCUGGAUUACGCCCGGGAAGGAGAGCUGAAGAAGACGCUGAGAGAUUGGGAGACCAAGUUUCAGGUGGAGCAGAGGAGGCGAGAACUGGAGGAGCGGAGGAGGUUUCCCCUGGAGCAGCGUCUGAAGGAGCACAUCGUGGGUCAGGAGAGCGCCAUCGCCACAGUGGGCGCAGCCAUCCGCAGGAAGGAGAACGGCUGGUACGACGAAGAACACCCCCUCGUCUUCUUAUUUUUGGGAUCCUCCGGGAUAGGUAAAACGGAAUUGGCCAAGCAGACGGCGCGCUACCUGCACAAGGACAUCAAGAAGGGCUUCAUCCGGCUGGAUAUGUCUGAAUUCCAGGAGAAGCAUGAGGUAGCCAAGUUCAUUGGGUCUCCGCCAGGAUACGUUGGACACGAGGACGGAGGUCAGCUGACCAAGAAGCUGAAGGAGUGUCCCAACGCGGUGGUCCUGUUUGACGAGGUGGACAAAGCCCACCCUGACGUCCUCACCAUAAUGCUGCAGUUGUUUGACGAGGGUCGGCUGACGGACGGGAAGGGAAGGACCAUUGAAUGUAAAGACGCCAUUUUUAUCAUGACCUGCAAUGCAGGAAGCGAUGAGAUCGCCCAGUACGCCCUGCAGCUGCGACAGGAAGCGCUGGAGAUGAACAGGAGCAGACUGGCCGACAGCCUGGACGACAUACAGACCGAGAAGAUCACCAUCUCCAAGCAAUUCAAGGAGAACGUCAUCCGGCCUAUCCUGAAGGCGCACUUCCGCAGAGACGAGUUCCUGGGGAGGAUCAAUGAGAUCGUCUACUUCCUGCCCUUCUGCCGCUCGGAGCUGUCUCAGCUGGUUCUCAAGGAGCUGAACUCCUGGGCCAAGAAGGCCAAGCAGCGACACGACAUCACGCUGACCUGGGAUCGGGAAGUGACGGACGUCCUCACCGACGGAUACAACGUGCAUUACGGCGCCCGCUCCAUUAAACAUGAGGUGGACAGGCGGGUGGUGAACCAGUUAGCGGCCGCCUAUGAACAGGACCUUUUGCCGCACGGCUGCACGCUACGGAUCACGGUGGACGACUCCGACAAACACUUACUGAAAGGUAAAGGGGCGAGCGAAGACGGCGAGGGGCUGAAGGCGAGGACGCCCCGACUGCGCCUGGAGAUAGUGGAGCAGGGCAGCAAGGGCCGCAGACUGGACAUUAUGGAGCCGCUGUCCGCAGAGGACACACCCUUCUGAGCAUGGACACCAGGUGGACUUUAUCACUGCCGUGGUGGGAGGGGCUUGGAUGGCGGCCAUUGAGGUGAUACAGCCGGGUGCCCCGUGCUGGAGGUGACGCAAACUGCAGGGGGCGCUGUUCUCCGAUGUACACCACACAAAGGGCAAUAAAUGCAGGACUGUGCACC